CUUAAGGAUAAUUCGGCUCUACCUAUGACUCGUAUUUAAUGAAAAUAAAAUCUUACCAAAAGACCAAAACACGUAUUCAUUUCUACCAUUUCUCGGUAUAAAAAUCUAUGGUUAGCUGGUCACCCUGCUGUCAGUCGUCCGUCAUUUGUUUUUUGACGUGUACACACGUUCGAGCGGUGUUUGUUGUGGUUUUUAAAUGGAAAAAUAUCGUAAUUUUUCAAUUAUCAAAUUGGAAACUACUCGCCUUAUGUGAACUACAAGUGUUAAUACGUAUAAUAAAUUUUGUGUCGUUGCAACUAUGCGUAAGACGUGAAUGUUGUGUUAAGAUUUCGAACUGGAUAUUCUGUGGUACAUUAUUAAGAAUUUAGUGAUGUUUUUUGUUUACUUUCGCGUCCAGUGGUUAGCAAGAACAAAUAUAACUGGAAUAUGGACGAGAUAAACUGUUCAUGACCCUCAAUUUGUCACAAAAACGUUAGUAAAAUAGGUAUUCAAAAUGCGUCUAAAUGUUAAAAAAGCCCUCAUUUUUGUGAGUUGUUUAGUGAUUUUGUGGGUGUUAAUAUCAUAUGCUUCUGUAAUAGAAGUACCACGAUCUGCUCCACAAAGGGAUCCUGCUGUAGAAAUAGAAAAUAAGAUAAUAAAGCUUCAAAAACAAGUUGAUGCUCAGAUGGCUGAGAGUAAAACCCUUUUGGCGAAAGUAAAUAAAUUGAAAAAGUUAUCAGGGGGUCAAAAUGUUGGUGAAGGUGAUAGUCUCAAAGAUGCAGAAGUAAUGCAGCAUCUUUCUCAACCAAUCCUGCCGGUACUAGUGAUAGCGUGCGACAGGGUGACGGUACAGCGGUGUCUGGACAACCUCGUCAAAUUCAGACCGAGUAAAGAAACCUUCCCUAUUAUUGUUAGCCAGGAUUGCGGCCACAACGCGACCUACGAGGUGAUAACGUCCUACACAGCGUCCGACCCGACGAUAUCGGUCGUGCGACAACCGGACUUGUCGAAGAUCGUCCUGCCGCGCGUCAAAGUGAAGUUUCGAGGCUACUACAAGAUUGCCAGGCAUUACAAGUUCGCGCUAAACCACGUGUUCGAGACUCUGGGACAUGAAGCUGUUAUUAUUGUCGAAGAUGACCUGGACAUAUCUCCAGACUUCUUCGAGUAUUUCCUCGGCACUUAUCCUCUUCUACUCAAAGAUCCAUCGUUGUGGUGCAUAUCAGCAUGGAACGACAACGGCAAGAUGGAAGUGAUAGACAUAUCUCGUCCUGACUUGUUGCAUCGCACCGACUUCUUCCCCGGCCUCGGUUGGGUGCUGCGGAAGGAGAUGUGGCUCAAACUGGCUCCAAAAUGGCCGACUGCUUUCUUUGACGACUGGCUGCGUAACCCAGUGAACAUUGAUGGUAAGGCCUGCAUCAGGCCUGAGAUAUCCAGGACAUAUUCCUUUGGAAAGGUGGGUGUAAGUAAAGGUCUGUUCUUCGACCUCCACCUCAGGAACAUACAGCUCAACAUGGAAUACGUGGAGUUCACCAAACUCAACCUUACGUACUUGCUCAAGGAUCACUACGAUGACACCCUUGCAUCGACAGUAUACAACCUGCCCGAAAUGUCCGCGAGUGAGGUAGUGGCCAGCUCGGACCUGAGUUCGGAUCCCGUGCGGGUCAUGUACAGCAACGCCAAAACCUACCAACGCGCCGCUAAGAAACUGGGACUCAUGGAUGAUUUUAGGUGUGUGGUUUUCGAUGAGAAACUAAACAAACAGGCGCCCGUACAUUUCCUGGUGGUACCUAAGAAGGUGAUUCCGACGUUACUAGAGGUGUCCGCAUCGGCUGAAGAUGAAAAAGCUUUAGGCCACUUGUUAUUGGUAGCGAAGGAGAUUGCUUUAGCUAGAGGUCUAGACAGGACCGGUUACCAUGUCAUGGUCGAUGAGCAGCAUAACAGCAACACUCUGAAAUCUAUACACGUUUUUGGAAGAGCACUGCAUCAUAUGCUGUGGCCUGUUGGGCCUGGGUGACAUCUGUUAAUCACCGCCCGGAAUGUAGCUAUAGGAAGAGGUUUUGACAGGACUGGAUUCCGUUUAGUUAUCAAUGAUGGCAGACAUGGAGCACAGAGUGUCUAUCACUUGCAUGUGCAUAUUCUGGCAGGCCGCCAGAUGAAAUGGCCACCUGGCUAA